AUGACUAAACAUGAUUUUUUGCUUUCACCGCAGAUUUUGGGCCUUAUAAACGAGCAGGUACAGAACCAUAUACGAGAAGUCACCAAUGGCUUCGAAACUGAUAUUCGGGCCCUACGUCAGGAGAAUUACAAAUUGAAAAAACAAAUUGAAGACUUAACAAGAUUGCCCAAGCCUCUUAAGUUGAACAAAGAACAUAGCAGUGUAGUAAAUUCACAGGAAAAGUCGCCUGAAAAGUCGUUGGUUCUGAUUAUCCUGAAGGAUGUGAAGAAUCUGAAAGUACAAUCAACUAUUUUGAUGUCUGUGAAGUCUAAAGAGAACACCUUACAGCUUUCAAAUAUGCCCAAUUUGGCUGCACAAUCAUUUAAUGAUAAUCUGAAAAAUCGGCAGCCGAUUGCAGUACCGAAUUUGCGAUCCAAAUCACUUUGCAUAGAACCUACUCAGUAUUCUGACGACGAUAUAGUGUCUUCUCCCAUUAAGAUCUCACCUAAAAAGGUAGUACAGUCGAGCGUGGCACGUUCUCAAGGCGAUUCAAUGGUCAUAGAGAAUGACUCUGGGAGCGUACCGUACUUCAAGCUUCUUACACAGUAUUCAGACACUUCUUCUUCUCCAACUCGAACUCAGCAGCAAUUCCAAAUGGCUCAGGUAGAUGAGAAAGAAAAUCUUCUGCCUGAGCUUAUUGACGACGAUGUUUUCGUUGGAAAGAGCAAUAUUGACAGUUCUCCGGACAAAGGAAGCGUGUCUGACGUAUUUCAGAAGCAAAACGAAGAGUAUCUUGGAAAAAUAGAGCUCAAAACAGACGAAGAAGAUGUUGUGGAAGUAGAAGAUUCUCAGGAAGAAGAACCUCAGCUCGGAGAAGUUGUCCAGCUCUACGAUUCGUUUCGGAUUGAGUUUCCUACUAGAAUACGGCCCUAUACAAAGUUGCAGCGAAUUGAAUUUUUGUCUAGUUUCUAUAAACGAAUGUUUGACCAAGUAUCAGACUUCAAAAUCGGAUUAAAAUCCAAUCCCAUUAACGAAAUAGACUGGUUUCUGGGAGAUUUUAAACCGAAUCCUAAUUGUCAGGGGAAGGGUGAAGCAAAGGUCACAUAUGUGCAGACUAUAAAUGGCACAUAUAAGCGACGUGUAGGAAUCACGAAACAAGAAGAAUUUAAUCGUAAACGGUUCUACCGAAUGGCACAAGGAAACGGCUCGGAAGAUGCCGAAAAUAAAGAAAACAAAGAGCACAGAGACGGGUACAAGACUCCAGGAGAAGACGAAGGAGACGACAGAGGUGAGAAUGCAAAUAAGGAUGAAGACGACGAAGAGUACUACGACAAGUUGAGCCAGCUUUUCGACAAAAUCCCUCUGCCUCCUGGAUUCAUGAAUAGCGAAUUUCCUGAUACCCAGGAACUGAAAAGGCGCAGAGCUGUCAUAGAAAAGAGACAGAAACGACGUAUUCAGAGAAGGUUGAAGGAGUGUUUUUCUGUUCGAGAUGGAGUUCAAGUGGGUGAGUUUGUGUUUUCGAUAGACAUCAUCAACCGAUAUGUAGCAGCAGAACGCUACUAUUUGUGA